AUGGCGUCGCCCGGAUUGCAGCGGGUCCGGUCGAAAAUGCUGGCGCCGCGUCGGACAGUGCCAGCGUCGUCGAAUGCCUCAGGGGCGCCGUUGGUCGUUCAGCGAACGCCUGCGAUGACGAAGGUGCGGCGAUCGCCCGCACCCCCACAGCUCAGCGUUGAAGUCCUUAUACCCAUCAUCGGGAUAGAACAGCCGUGCGGCGAUGCCGCACGGCGCAGCUCGCUCCUGUUGAAGCGUAAGACCGUCUUCCAGCCCCUCGGUGACGGUCAGACGUGCCGCCGCAGGCGCGAGCCUGAUAAGCUCCCGCCACUGACGCCGCCAAGGACAGUUUCGCCUUCGACGCGCGCUUUGCCGCUCCCCCGUCCUCUGCCAGAUAAGUCCGUUGAAUGCCGAUUACCUUGUUCGAUAUGGAACCGACGCAGGCAACAAGGCAGGAUACUCCACCCUUUCCGGCCGUACCCGCAACCGGGCGAACCGGAGGCUGGUAGGAGCGGAAGGGUGAUCAUCCUCCGGUCGGGCUCCGGGAAUAGGAUUGACGGCGGGCAAAAUUGCUGCUGCCGACCAGUAUUUCAGCCGCCCGCGCAAAUCGACGUGAUAGGCCAUGCGAACGAAGUCGAGGACGUCACCGGUCGCCCCACAGCCGAAGCAGGGAAUUUGCGCCCACCAGAGUAUGGUGAAACGAAGGCGAGCGCGAUCAGAGUGAAACGGGCAGCAGCCCUUCCACUCUUUGCCUGCCUUCGACAGCUUGACCGUGUCCUUCGCGACCUGAGGGAUCGGGUCGCUGUCGCGGAACCAGUGUCGCGAGAGGAUGGGCGCGGGAAUUGCGCGGGCGGGUCCGUGCUAAGAUCGCCGCUGUUCCGCCAAGAUGACAUGCGACGCUCUCAGCCCUGGGCUGGGGGCGUUUUGCUUAUGGGGGCAUUAUCUAUGCCGCCCCCUGCCAGUGGCGCGAAGCGCGGCUGCGGGAAUAAGCACCCGCCGCCCGACGCGAACCCGCGUCAGAGCGCCAUCGUAAAUCCGAUUGUAGAUCGAACGCCCGCCUGA